UUUCCUUGCAAAGGGAAACAAAAACGCUGGGCAGGUAUCAAAGUUUUCAGACAAUGGGUCGAAGCCGUUUGAGCCAAAAAGUCUUUGUUCUCUCUGCAGCAUUGUUGCAAAAUGACUGAAUCAAAUUCAGUCAAUAUCUUCGAGCGCUCUUGAAGCAAGUUCACCAAGGUUUUGGUUGGAGGAGCUGGGAUCCUAUCAAAAUGCAGAAGCAGCAUUGAAUCAGUAUGAAUAUGUAAAUCUGCGGCCUUUUGCAGUCCUUCCUGAGGGACUGCAUUUCAACAUUGCUAUUUAUUGGAGUGGAAGACUUAAAGUCAACCAAGAACUGCCGUAAAAUUCCCUCUAAAAUUUUCCCACCCAAUGGUUGAUUCUCUUGUCCAUCUUCAGACCGCUUCGCCGGCAGUCCCUCACAGCCAGGCUCUUUCGCGCUGGCUUGCACCUGAAAUCCUUCUCCCUCUUCCUCUUUUUGACCGCAAUUCCAACCCUCCUUUCUUUUCCGACCUCUAGAUCCGGCAAUGGCCGCCGCCGGAGCUCACCAGCCUAAUUUUUUCUCCUUCCCCUCCACCUUACCAGUCCAUUUUCCUCCCUUUCCAUGGCUGACCCUUCUCCAACCCCUGAAUCACCCCCUUCUUCCUCUAACCCGCCUGAUCCCAAACCCCAACCUCCCAAAUACUCUUGCUGCCCCACCUUCAAAAAGGUCUUUUGCCAGUUUUGUUGCAGAAAUCCACAGGCUCUCGUUUCCAGUCAAAUCCUCUACGAGCUGCAAAAAAGUCUUCCCAUGAAAAUGAACUUCAACUUGUAGGCACAACCUCUACAUUCAAGGGUGAACCUGAAAUUCGAUUCUCUAAAGAAGAAACCAACUUGCUGAAUGUCUCAGGUCUGCUCUUGUUGGUACGAAUAAAGGAGAGCCCAUAAAGUCCACAAAUACACUUCAAAAGACAACAGAAAAAGCACAGGGAGAUGUCCCUGUAGACGGAAGCAGUACUGAGGAACCCACUUUAGAUAUAAGAAUCUUUUGCUCAAGAAGAUGGAAUCCUACACAAUGCUGAAGAAUAGAGUGUCUGCUGAAGUCUGCCAUUUCUUUGUUAACAACAUAAAGCUUGGAAAUCAGACAGAGACUCUAAAGCUCACAUUAGGGACCUCAUCCCAGUUCUGAUUUUGUGGAGCAUCUGGACCAUUUGCAAUACUGCCAAGCAUGAGAGUACCUCUUUCAAGUCAGCUGCCAUCAUUUUCAAAAUCCAUAACUACUUGCAACUCCAUGGUAAGGCUAAAAUGUGGAAGCCUACUACUCAUUGGAAAGGGGAUAGAUUUUUGGCCUUCUCACUCAAAAUCUCCUUUCCAAUCAAGAGGAAGAGCACAUACUGCACCUUGGUUAAGUGGGAAAAACCACAAAUGGGAUGGUUUAUAUUGAACACUGAUGGAGCCUCAAAAGGCAAUCCAGGUAUUUCGGGGGCUGGAGGUAUUCUUGGAGACCAUCAUGGCCAGGUGUUAUUUGUUUUCCAGGAGCCCCUUGGCAUCAUAUCUAAUGCACUUGCAGAACUCAAGGCUAUCCACAGAGGCCUUCAGUUGUGUUUGACAGGAACAUCAAAAAAAUUUGGAUUGAAACAGAUGCACUUGCUGUUAUCAAACUCAUAUCCACCCCAUUUCUAGGAGCUUCGCACCUUCAACACAUUCUCCAAUAAAUAACA